AUGGACAACGACAGCGAUAACAAGGCCUCGGUGCACUUCCUCGACCUCCCCCAGGAAAUCCGCGACUUGGUCUAUCUCUACUUCCGUUCCUACUCCUGGAUCGACAUCACGCAAAUGCCCGAUAGAAUCCAACAGCCCAGCAUCAGCAAAGUCUCGAAACGAGUGCGCAAGGAGAGUCUAGACGUCUUCUAUGGCAAGAAUCGAUUCAUGCUCGACAUGCGAGGCUGGAAGAACGGCGCCUGGCCCAAAUCGUGGACGCCCGUCGACAUCUUCACCCGCUGGGUCAAAGCCAUCGGCGACGAGAACGCCGCUCGUCUCCGCCACGUCUCCUUCUACCUGCAGAACUUCGCCGUCCACUACACCAUCAGCUCCGGCCAGGACAAGGACACCCCACGCAUCGUCGCCAAAUUCCGCCAGACGCGCUCGAAUUUCGAAAGCUUCGACAUAUCUGAGCGCGCUCCGGCCGGAUACACGGUCAAGGUCGCCAUGAAGCGUGCCGAGCAGCACCUUUGCUACAAGGCCGGAGCGCUGGCCAAGCGGGUUGGUGAUCGGAAUCUCGGGGUCAAGGAUGUUCUCGAGCUGUGCAAGUUCGUCGAGAGCCUCAAACCGGCGCUCUGCAGCGCUAUGGGCAUGGGUUGGAAGGGCGCUUUCAUCGAGGAGGACCCGUCCCAAUCGAUCUUUGGAAUGCCGCAUAUGAUGGCGUGCAAUGAGUGUGGAUACUAUCGCGUGAGCGAGGUGAACGCCAGACCAAGCCUCGGGUGUCGUCAACGUAUAAGUAGAUCCGCGAGAUCUGCGUGGGAUAGAAGACAUUCACCAUUCACGCCCGCACGACUUCCACAGCCGUUCAGCCGGCUCCAUAUCCCUUCGCCACUCCUCUCGAUUCUUUCAGGACCUCAAUGUGCACCAGACCCAUCCUCCCGCUCUCUUUGGCAGCAGCAUCAAGUGAGCUAA